GUUGGCCGCAGGACUGCGUUGAGAGCGGUGGCUGCACUUCCUACCUCUCGACCAAUACACACGGCGCUUGGUGUGAGACGUGAUGUCGAGCUUAGAAUUUACUAACGAGUCACUGACAUGGAGACAGACUCCAAGUUACCUUGUGAACGCUUCUAAGGAAGCUGCAGAGUUAUUAGAGCAGCUCACCGCUGAGCUUUACCCUGCCACGACACGAUGUGUCUUCACCACCUGCUUCUGUAUCCUCUUCAUCGUGGGCUUGACUGGUAACGUGCUCGUGCUGGCCGUCGUGUGUCGAGACAAAGAACUGUCACGAUCUUCCACUGGUGCUUUCAUCACGAACUUAGCGCUGGCAGACCUGCUGGUUCUGGCAAUUUGUUUACCGACGUCUGUAGCAGAACUGCAGUCUCCACCCUUGUUUUGGGUUCUGCCAUCGUCGCUCUGCAAGGCCGUGCCGUUCAUAGAGUCGUUGAUGCAACACGCAUCCGUGCUCACCAUCUUCGCCAUCGCCCUGGAGCGCCACCACGCCAUCUGUAGGCCGCUAUCAGCUGCCCGAGCCUGCACCCGACGCCGCGCUGCCGCCACCUGCUGCAUCGUCUGGGUUCUGGCCAUCAUCGUCACCAGGAGGCGUUAUUAUAAGUCAGCACGUGUGCCUCAACGACGUCGAGGCGCACUGGAAGAGGGUGAGGCAGGAGGCGUUAUUAUAAGUCAGCACGUGUGCCUCAACGACGUCGAGGCGCACUGGAAGAGGCUAUACGUGCUGAGCUGCCACACGCUGCUAUUCUUCCUGCCGCUGGCUGUGCUUCUCGUGAUCUUCAGACGCAUUGCGCGGAGACUCCUUAUCGAAGACGCAACUCUGCGCAACCUCGACGACCGUCACCCCAACCUCCGCAACCCCAACCUGGCCCAACGCAAACAGGUGGUUGUGAUGCUGGCGACGGUGGUGGUGUUUUUCUUCAUAUGCCUUUUGCCGUACCACGUGCUCAGCUUGUGGACGCUGCUGGCACAAACCAAAAUACCGUACGAGGUUUAUUUCAACCUGGAGUUUCUAGUACGCCUUCUCGUUUACCUGAACUCGUCCGUGAACCCGGUUCUCUACAACCUCACAUCUACAAGGUUUCGAACCUCCCUCCGCCACACUCUGCGCGGUUACCGUUCAGGCCGAUCGACCUCGCGAAGUUCUUCCUUUCGGCCAACGGAAGUGGCGCUCUCGGUCUCCCCGUCACCUGCUUUAUUAAGGAAGAGCUUGCGAGGCAAAUCUGAUCAUCAAAUAAUAUAUAAAUUUGAAAGAAAAUAUCGCUCGGUAUCGGUCAGUUCGACACUCAACCUACGGAGCUCUAAUCAUUUCAAGUCUCUAGCAUCCAAUUCAACUCGUGAUAUUGCGAGUACAAGCAACAGUCACAAUUUCGUUUCUCCUCAAAAUAUGCACUUGAAUGGACCUGCAAAUAACCAGAAUGUUCCCCUUAUUUCUUUUUCUUCGGCAUCCACGGAUUCAGAGGAAUCGUCUACACAUCAACGCCGUAAUGCGUCUAGCCGAGAGUACCAAGCGCUCAACUCAGCCUCUUCCUCUGAUAAUAAUUGUGUUUCUAUGGAUGAACUUUCAAUUCCGGAGCGCCGGCCUGAGCGUGCACAUAAUAGUGCUAUUGAAGAACAAAUUGGUUUGUUAUCCACUUCUUUGUUGAACGAUGAAUCAUCCUAUCAAAACUUUGCAUUAGAUGAGGAGUCUAACGGUAGUUGCGUGAAGAGUGACGUUCAACAUGAAUCUCCGCAGAUAUCAGCAAAACAAAACAGAAUCGUCAUAAAAAAUUCUCCAUUCUACAGGAAAAAAGUUAGGCUUAAUUCAGAAAAAAGCACCACGAGCAGAUUUUUCUUGGGCAGAAGUACAUCUCUUCAAAAAAAUGCAUGGCAAUGCAGCUACAUUGGCUCCAGAGAGGUAAAUCUGCCCCAUCCCCCGUGGGGCUUGCGACUCCCGAGCAAGAGCUUGAACCUUCGAUACGACACUCGCUCUCUCAGCCGAUCUAACAACAUGGAGAGCCAUGUUUGAAACUUUUUUCUAUUUAGCUCAAUAUCGAUAAUUAGGUAGACAAAUUUUAUUCGUUGUGACUUUACUACAGCUUUGUGUGUUUAGAUUUUAAACUUGAUAGCUAUGUCCCCUAUAUGUAUGGGGUUGAAUGAAUGAAUUCAUUGAUAUAACCAACGAAUGUGUGAAGCACAUAAGAUUGCGGAGUUUUCGUGAACAACGAAUUAAUCUACGUGUAAAUAUUUCUUGCCGUUUGUCCUACGAAUUUAUCCAUUAUUAGAGUGUUUUUAGAUUUGUGUCUCGGAGCCUAGGCGUAAACUAUAAAUUUCUAGAUUAUUUGUAGGUUUUAACUAGUUCCAUCGUGCUGUGAUUAUUCGAGAACCUCUUUGAAAAGAAAAUUUUAUUCUUUUCUGUGUUAGUGUGAAGUUCUUUAUAGGAGAACUGAAAACUGCCCAUCAACUGAAAUGAUCGCUGCAGAUCGGUAAUAUUAUGUGCAUAGGCUUAACUUGACUUCCUGCCUUAAAAAGACCAACGCUUUUCAAGUUAUGGAUGCAUGUAUUUUACGAAAGAUUUGUUUGCAACUAAAUAGGAGUAGCUUCCGUCAGCACUGCUUGAAAAAUGACUGUGAGUUAUUUACACAUGUGAAAAUAAUCAUUUUUUAUAAUUACAUAACAUAAUUAAUAAUUUUCUCUCUGCGUCGUUUCCAAGAUGGCGCUUUUCUCUUGUUUGCGUAACAGUAUGUUAUAUUUGAAAUUAGAAUUCCGUCGCAAUUUGCUUUGCUAAAUCACCAACUCGAGGAGCGGUAGUUAUUAAAAUCCUUAUUUUCUUUGUGUAUUACCUGUUAGCUUUA